AUGCGGUAUUCGAUUGCUGCGUUGUCUCUGGUUUCUCCAGCGCUGGCGCUGCCAAUAUUUGGUGAUCUGUUUGGCGGACAUCAUCUACUUGGCGAUAUCUUCUCGCACGGCCACUCCCAUGGCUCAUCGUAUGCCGAUGCACCAACAUACAAUGGUAGCCCUGCUUCUUACGAGAGCAGCCCUAGUCCUACUAAUGGCGAAUCAUACGGCUACGAUAGUGGCUCUGUCUCCAAUGAACAAGGAUAUAACGCCCCUCAGGAAAGCAGUAUCGCUUCUUCCGUAGUAGACGCAGUCCCUGCUACUAGCACUGAAGUGCCUCAGGAUUCCGGGACUUCUUCUUCUGGAUACGGGAAUAAUACUUCGAGUUUGACGGUUGCAUACACGACCACAGCCCCAUCCAGCCUACCAACGACUGACGUCCCAGCUCCUGCGACCUCAUCUAGUGAAGCCUCUGCCAACGGACAAACUUGCGAAAGUCCUGAUGUAAUCGGCUGCGAAACAGCAUCUGAUUCUUCCGCCAGUGACGUUGCACCUGAGAGUGCCGGAGUCUACGACUUUGUUAUAGUCGGUGGUGGGACAGCUGGUCUGGUAAUCGCCAAUCGACUAUCUGAGAACUCGUACACAUCAGUCGCAGUCAUUGAGGCCGGUGAUCUGGUAUUCGACAACAAGAAUGUAACCACUGUUGAUGGCUAUGGACUGGCUUUCGGAACAGAAAUUGACUGGCAAUACGAAAGCGCACCCCAAGCAUACGCUGGAAACAAAACUCAGACAUUGAGAGCCGGCAAGGCCCUUGGUGGAACAAGCACAAUUAAUGGCCUGGCAUAUUUGAGGGCUCAAGCAGCUCAGAUAAACGCUUGGGAGCACCUUGGAAACGACGGGUGGAACUGGGAGAGCCUUUUACCUUAUUACAAGCAGAGCGAGCACUUCCAAAUUCCCACUGAACAGCAAUGCGCCGCUGGUACCACAUAUGAUGUUGCUGUUCACGGCACGACCGGCCCUCUCAAGACCGGAUGGCCCAACGCCCUUCAGGGUAAAGAUGUCACCUCGCUGAUUAACGCUACAUACACCUCUCUUGGACUGCCAUACAUAGAGGAAGCGAACGAUGGUAGUAUGCGUGGCUUCACCCGCUACCCAGUGACUGUUGAUCAAGGACUUAAUGUUCGUGAAGACGCUGGUCGUGCUUACUAUCUGCCUAUACAGAACAGGACCAAUCUGGAUCUUUACACAAACUCUUUCGUGCAGCGCAUGACAUGGGACGAAGCUUCGACGAACUCCACCCCUCGUGUUAACGGAGUGAUGUAUACGGAUGCUUCUGGAAAGCAAAGAACUAUUACUGCCAAAAAGGAGGUCAUUCUUUCUGCUGGUGCAUUGAGGUCACCGUUGAUCUUGGAAUAUUCAGGAAUUGGAAGUUCCGAUAUUCUGGGUCAGCACGGUAUCAAAGUCAAGGUUGAUCUACCUUUUGUAGGAGAGAAUCUCCAAGAUCAGACCACCGGAGCUGGUGCAUACAGCUCCAACACCAGCUUCUCGGGUACCGCUGAUUACGUUGGCUACUUCAGCGUUGCAGACAUUUUCGGCAACGAUACUUAUGACCUCAAUUGCACAGUCCGCGACUCGCUACUGCAAUACGCCGCUUCCGUCGUGGAAGCCUCUAACGGCGUUCUCGACCAGAAAGUAAUGGAGAAGCUAUUCAUGAUCCACCACGACCUCAUCUUCAAGGAUCAAAUUCCCAUCUCCGAGAUCCUGGUUACUCCUGGUGAGAACAGGAUGGACUUUUCAUACUGGGGACUACUGCCAUUUUCUCGUGGUAGCAUCCACAUUCAAUCCAACGACUCCACGACCCCUGCCGCAAUCAACCCGAACUACUUCCAGCUUGACUACGAUUUGAAGCAACAGAUUGGUACUGCCAAGGCAGUGAGGAAACUAGCUGGCUCAGACGCUUUAUGCGAUGUCGUUACUGGCGAACUCAGUCCUGGUCUCCAGAGCGUACCCCUCAAUGCCUCUGACGAAGUCUGGGCUCAAGCCGUGAAAGACAGCUACCGCUCAAAUUACCACUACAUCUCCACUGCUGCCAUGAUGGCACAAGACCUUGGCGGUGUGGUGGAUACCAAUCUUUUGGUAUACGGCGUUGAUAACGUACGCGUUGUCGAUGCUUCUGUCAUUCCUUUCCAGGUGUGCGGUCAUUUGACUGCUACCAUCUAUGCCAUUGCAGAAAGAGCUGCUGAGGCAAUCAAGAAUCGCUAUUACUGA